AUGGCCACGUCCGACAGCACCCAGGGCUCGUCUGCCCAGAGCCUCGCGCCCGCACCGCCCGACGUUCCCACUCCCGCGCCCGUGUCCGCGCCCGUCGCGCCGCAGCAGGCAUACCCUCCAGCUUCUGCGCUGCCGACGGCGCAAUACACGGUUCAGUCUCGGCACCCGCCCCCGGCGGCAGCGCCCGCUCCUCCUCUCCGAAACCGCGAUUCCUUCAACAGCCAGUCGUUGGGACGGGCGCUCAAUGCCCAUGUCAAACAAGCGUGUGUUUUGAUGGUCGGCGCCGGCGGAAUCGGCUGCGAGCUACUCAAGAACCUGGCCUUGACCGGGUUUGGAGAAAUCCACGCCGUAGACCUCGACACGAUCGACCUGAGCAAUCUCAACCGCCAGUUUCUCUUCCGACACGAGCACAUCAAGCGACCCAAGGCCGAGAUCGCCAAAGAGGCGGCGCAAAAAUUCAACCCCAGCGUCAAGAUUGUCGCACACUGGAACGACAUCAAGGACCCCCAAUUCAACGUCGCCUGGUUCCGAUCCUUCAAGGUCGUUUUCAAUGCCCUCGACAACUUUGAUGCGCGCAGACACGUCAACAAGAUGUGCCUGGCCGCCGAUGUGCCCCUCAUCGACAGCGGCACCACUGGCUUCAACGGCCAGGUGCAGGUGAUCAAAAAGGGCGUGACUGCCUGCUACGACUGCACGCCCAAGGACCCGCCCAAGUCGUUCCCGGUGUGCACCAUCAGGAGCACGCCGAGCCAGCCUAUACACUGCAUCGUAUGGGGCAAGAGUUACCUGCUGAACGAGAUCUUCGGCACCAGUGAGGACCAGUCGGUCAUCGACCACAGCGCGGAUCAGGAUAAUGCGAACGAGGUUGAGGAGCUGAAGCGCGAGGCCGAGGCGCUGAGGAAGAUCCGCGAGGCCGUAGGCAGCGAGCCAUUCGCGCAAAUGCUCUUCGACAAGGUCUUCAAGGCCGACGUCGAACGGCUGAGGUCCAUGGAGGACAUGUGGAAAGACGGCAAAAAACCGCCAUCCCCGCUCGAAUUUGCCGACCUCAAGGAAAAGUCGUCCGAAGCACUUGGAAGGACAGAGGCCAUCCUCAGGAAUGGCCAGAAGGUCUGGUCCCUGGAAGAGAAUUUUGCCGUCUUUGUCGACAGCCUUGGCAGGCUGAGCAAGCGGGUGGUGGACCAGAAGGCCAAGUCACCUUCGGGCCCCGAGCCGACGAUUGAGUUUGACAAGGACGACGAGGACACGCUCGAUUUUGUGACGGCCAGCGCGAACAUCCGGUCCACCGUCUUUGGCAUAGAGCCUAGGUCCCGAUUCGACAUCAAGCAGAUGGCGGGCAACAUUAUCCCGGCGAUUGCCACUACCAACGCCAUUGUGGCUGGGCUCUGUGUCCUAGAGACAUUCAAGGUCCUGCGGGGCGACUAUGAGGCUGCCAAAGAGGCCUUCCUGACACCCUUCAACCCAGAUCGCCGUAUCGCGCCAUCCCGGUCACGGCUUCCCAACCCAGACUGCCCCGUCUGCAGUGUUUUCCAGACGAGUGUGUCGGUUGACCUGUCAUGUGCGACGCUGGAGGACCUUGUCGAGGCCUUCAUCAAGCUUGAGCUAGGCUUCCAAGGCAAGGAGUUCAGCGUCAAUAACGAUAUCGGAUGCCUAUACGACGUCGAGGAGAUCGAGAAUCUCCCCAAGAAACUCUCUGAUCUCGGAAUCAAACCUGACACUUUCAUCACUAUCAUUGACGAUGACGAUGAGGAGCCGUUCGUCAAUGUUGUCAUCAGCAUUCAAGAAGGCGCGCCUGAAGGCGGGAAGCCCGUUCAGGGUCUCUGGCUCGACAAGAAGCCAGAAAUCCCCAAGAAGCCGAAGAAGUCGCCUGAACCCGAGACGAAUGGAGUGGCCAUGUCCAAUGGUACGACCAAACAAGAUGUCUCCGGGGCCUCGCCGACUUCUCAGGGCAUCAAACGCCCUCACGAGGAUGACACCGAUUCUCGAGAUCCGAAGAAGGCCAAGACUGGCGGGGACGAAAUCCUCAUCGACGACACCCCCGACAAAGCCACAGCAGCGGGGAUCAUCGUGCUUGACUGA